GGAAGACAAAUAUUCCAAAUGUUUUCGGGCUAAGAUGUUUACUUGGAAUGAAAAAUUAAAACUUAAUACGACGAAAUCGCCUAUUAUUUUUCAAGUUUACCCGAUUUGUUGCAUCUCUACGUGGAAUGUUUUUGAUUGGAAGAGUCUUUCGUUUGUGAAAGGAGAAGUUAAUUUGAAUUUAGCGCUGAAAGUGUCAUCAGCUGCUCAGGUGACGUGGGGGGGACAUCAGUUUCAACUAAUAUCGUUGACACCGCAACACCGCAUUACCGCAACUGGCAGGCGAAAACACCAGCAAACGUUUGGUGUUGUUGGAAGAGAUAGUCUAGUUUCAAGUCAGACUAAAAAAGAGUUAACCCUGUUAGAAGGAAAUUUUAAGUACUCACUUAAAAUGGAGAGCCCUUUGCCACACGUAAUGGAAAGUGCUGACGAUUUCGGGGGCAAACCAAAAGAUCGGUUAGUUUGCAUUCUUGACCAAAUCGAAAUGCACGUAGAAAAGCUCAGGAAGGAUGCCUCCAGGUUAGAAGAAGAAAAGGAUACGCUUCUAUCAACCCUUGACACCCUUCGCAACAACGAAAUGCUAGUUUCUUUGGAUGACCCUGAUCGAGACGACGUACUGAGAUACGCUGAGAGAUUAUCAAUGAGAUGUUUAACUGUGGACGUUCUCGUGAAGAUUCAACGUGACCAUGUGCAGCAGGAAGCUUUGCACCAGGUGAAUGGUUUAAUCGACGGACUGAUUGUGCAUCUUCGCGAGGAUCCUAGCACAACGAGGCAGCGAUGUGCAUCAUUCAUGAAUGCCUGUUCUUCGCACGGAAUGGGACUUUCUGAUAAAACUUUCGAGACAGCUAUACUAGGCUGCACCCUGGACGAUCAAAAGCGAGUAAAAAAGCGAUUACAAGGUCUCCUCGACUAUAUUGAUAAAGUACAAACCAUCGAACUACCCUAGAUCGCAAUAUUACAAAUACGGAUUUAACCCGAUUUCCCCCUGAUUGGGAUGCGCUGUUGGUUACUUUGUGAAAUCUGAUAAGCAAAAAUCUUCACGAACGUGAUUUCUUCAAGUAAAUUACUACAAUCUUUUACUUUUUUGAAGAAUUCACCAAGAUAUGCAUUUAAAGCUGGGCUGAUUUACGAGAUUUUAAGUUCUCGUGAACUUAAUGUAGAUAAUAAUUGUUGUUUCUUUGAAAUGCCUUUAUCUUAUUAAAACGUAGCUUCGAGUGAGGAAAAAGUAAUUGAUUAAAUUACAAAAGAUGUGAGAAAGCAUAACUUUUAAAUUGUGUACUCUCGAUUAAAAUUAAAGUGUAUUAAGAAAUUUGAAAACAGUGAAAAGUACGAAUUAAAAUUAGACAUUAAUAUUAGAAAUGGAUAGGAUACAUUCAAAAAAAUCUAGUAAAAUUGUACUGAAGGUUUUUAGGCACAGCUUUCUGAUAUAUAAGCCGUCAGGCUGCUGGUCAGUCUCGAAUUUUUCAAAUUCUUAGCUUCUUCAUCAGUCUCAAUUUUCCUAUGUAAUGUGUUUGUUGUUUGGAUAAUUAAGGUGGUUUAUUGUGAGUAUAAUCCUUAAUAUAGGAAAAUGUUUAUCAGUUCUGUUAAGGUGAUGAUUAUCAAAGUUAUAUUCUUCCAGCGCUUCUCACUAUGCAAAAUUUCUUCAUCUGGAAUUGUCCUAGCAUUAAUUUACUAAAUAUUCCAUUGGUAUUAAAACGUAAGGGGAAAUGGUUCCAUUUUGAUAAUGCGAUCACGAUCUUAUCUUUCAUAAGAAAUACAGAAGUGAAAAUAAAUCAAUUGGCUUGCCCAGAACCCUUGAAUAUUACUAUAUGUAUUCAUUGCGAUUUCGUCUGACACGAAAACUAAGACUUCGAGUACUUUCCAGAGUAAGUUAGUUUGAAAUGUUAAUUUUAAAUGCUGAAUUUCCUUUGUAUUGUGUAUAUACCGAAAAUUGCGUUAGUUUAACAAACUAUGAGUGAUAAGCAAAUUAUCGUGAUUCAGAAAAAGGACAGUUUUUGUUCCGGGCUUCAGUACUAUACAACUUCUUAAUGUACAAAAAUAACUUUUUUGUCAUUUCUGUGAUAAUAAAAGUUCAGCAAAGAAAA